GCCGCGGCCCGCAGUCCCCGGAAGAUGCAGCAGCCGCAGCGGCCCGGGCUGGCGCUCGGGGCCGGGGCCCGCCUCCCCCUGGGCGCCGCCCUGGCCAGCGCCAGCGUGGUGGUGAAGGCCCUGUGCGCCUCGGUACUGCUGCUCUACCUGCUGUCCUUCGCGCUGGACACGGGCGUGGGCCUGGCCGUCACCCCCGGCUACCUCUUCCCGCCCAACUUCUGGGUCUGGACCCUGGCCACGCAUGGGCUGGUGGAGCUGCACGUGUGGGACGUGGCCCUGAGCCUGGCCACGGUGGUGGCGGCCGGCCAGCUUCUGGAGCCGCUCUGGGGGGCCCUGGAGCUGCUCGUCUUCUUCGCCGUGGUGAACGUGUCCGUGGGGCUGCUGGGGGCCUUCGCCUACCUCCUCACCUACAUGGCCUCCUUCAACCUGGCCUAUCUCUUCACCGUGCGCAUCCACGGGGUGCUGGGCUUCCUGGGCGGCGUCCUGGUGGCCCUCAAACAGACCAUGGGGGACAGCGUGGUGCUGAAGGUGCCCCAGGUGCGGAUGCGGGUGGUGCCCAUGCUGCUGCUCAUCUCCCUCGUGUUGCUGCGACUCACUCCUCUGGUGGAAAGCAGUGCCCUGGCCUCAUACGGCUUUGGGGUGCUCUCAGGCUGGGUGUACUUGCGAUUCUACCAGCGCCACAGCCGGGGCAGGGGGGAUAUGUCGGACCACUUUGCCUUUGCCACCUUCUUCCCCGAAAUCCUGCAGCCUGUUGUGGCCCUGGUGGCAAACUUGGUGCACAGUCUCCUCGUGAAGGUGAAGGUCUGCAGAAAGACUGUGAAGCGCUAUGAUGUGGGGGCUCCUUCUUCCAUCACCAUUAGCCUCCCAGGCACAGACCCCCAGGAUGCUGAGCGCAGAAGGCAACUGGCCCUGAAGGCCCUAAAUGAGCGUUUGAAGCGAGUAGAAGACCAGUCAGCCUGGCCUAGCAUGGAUGAUGAGGAUGAGGAGGCCAUGAGCAAGGUGGACAGCCCCCUGCUCCCUGAGAAAAGCCCCAACCCCCCUGGGAAAGGGGCUGGCCCUGAAUCCAGCCUGAUCACCUUUGAGGAAGCCCCUCCCCAGCUGUAACCCAGACCUCCCAGCCGAAGGGCAUAAUUCCCUUUCCCCAGCCUGGUCAGUAGUCACACCAUUUGGACCACCCUCCGGCCUUCUCCUUAUCUCCCUGCUCAGCCAUUCCCAGAAGCUGACUGCUUCCCAAGGAGAGAAGGCAAGGAGGGAAAUCUUUUUAGGUCCAUGGGGUCACACUGUGCACUCUGCUGAUGCUUCUGGACACAUGGCCCCUGCCAACACUAUGCCCCUAAGGCCUGGCUCACCCACCAGACAACCACUAAGUCCAGGAGCAGGGAGCACAUGGCCUGGGCCUGACCCAAGAUUCAGCCUCGUAAUCACACUUGACUGGUUUGUCAACCAGGCCCAAUGGGGUAACCUUACUCCUCUGAUUCUGUGGCAGACCUUUGUUGGUAGAGCAGUCUCUCUUCCUGCCAUCUGCUACCAGGCAAGAAUUUGCCAAAAAAGAAUUCUGGGGACUCAGGCCCAAGGCUGGAUGUGACAAGGUCCAGCCCCCAAGGCACCGCUGCCACCCUGCCAUUCCUAACCCCACCACUCCAGGGACGUGUUAGCAUUGCAGUUUGGUUUUCCCUUGGCUGGAGUCGGGCAAUACAUAUGAGUGAGCCUUCAUCCCCAGGUCUGGGGUUUCUCCAGAAUAGGGACUAAUGUUGGGGCUAAAAUUCAUGGGGGUGUUUUUUUAAAGGACCACUUGAAUGGGGAGCCUGGACUCUCAGUAUAAAUAAAGCAGUUCUUUGAGGA